AUGCUUGUUUUCCUUUCUUCCCCAUCACACAAAAUGAAAGAGAAAGACAUGUCGUAUUCGGAGACGACUCCUCUGCUGGAGGUCGGUGUCGCUCCUCGGCGGCAUAGAUAUCCGCAUCACGCCCUUCGUCGAGCUUGUACUAUCUCCCUUGCCGCGCUGCUAUCUGUAGCGACCGUACUCUUCCUGAUUCCCACCGCCAUCCUACCUCGAGAGAGUGGCUCGGUCUGGUCUUAUCUCCCAUGGUCCCAACCAAUUCCACAUGAAGCAUGGCCAGAGAGCUAUGGCCUUCCUUAUGAUCAGCUCCAGCAGAUCCUCCUCAAUGUUCCGUCCGCGGAGAAGGCCCGAGAGUGGAGCAAAUACUAUACAGCGGGACCGCACCUGGGCGGCAAGAACCUGUCACAGGCACUUUGGACUUUGAACAAAUGGAAGGAGUUCGGUGUGGAGGAUGCUAACCUCGCAACGUACGAUAUUUAUUUGAACUAUCCGUUGGAUCACCGUCUGGCUUUGCUGAAGACCUCGGACGAUAAGACCGAAGUCACCUUCGAGGCUACCUUGGAAGAGGAUGUUCUCGAAGAAGAUCCCACUUCUAGCUUGGAAGAUCGGGUGCCAGCCUUCCAUGGUUAUUCUGCUACUGGCAAUGCCACUGCUCAGUAUGUGUAUGUCAACUUUGGUACAUUCAAGGACUUUGAGGACCUCGUCAAUGCCAACGUCACACUCGAGGGCAAGAUCGCCAUUGCCAAGUACGGUCGUAUCUUCCGUGGUUUGAAGGUCAAACGUGCACAAGAACUCGGAAUGGUCGGUGUCCUUAUCUACAGUGAUCCGCAGGAAGAUGGUGAGAUCACCGAAGAAAACGGGUAUGAAGCUUAUCCAAACGGACCGGCCCGCAACCCCAGUGCUAUCCAGCGAGGAAGUACUCAAUUUUUGAGUAAGUCCCUCUUUUUAUUACAUAUCCAUUUCAUUGCAAAGCUGAUUGUUGGACCAGGCUUGCUCCCCGGUGAUCCCACCACACCAGGGUAUCCAUCUAAGCCCGGAUGUGAGCGUCAAGAGCCAACCUCCAUUCCCUCCAUUCCAUCCCUUCCCAUCUCCUACAAGGAGGUCUUGCCAUUUUUGAAGGCUUUGAAUGGCCACGGCCCCAAGGCGUCCGACUUCAACAAGUGGUGGCAGGGUGGUGGUCUCGGUCACAAGGGUGUCGAGUAUAACAUUGGACCCUCUCCCGAAGAUGUGGUGAUCAAUCUCCACAACCACCAGGAGUAUGUGACGACCCCAUUGUGGAAUGUCAUCGGUACCAUCAAGGGCCACAUUCCCGAUGAGGUCGUCAUCCUUGGAAACCACCGUGAUGCAUGGAUUGCCGGCGGCGCCGGCGACCCUAACAGUGGAUCUGCUGCUCUGAACGAAGUGGUCCGUAGCUUUGGCGAAGCCCUCAAGGCAGGAUGGAAGCCAUUGCGCACAGUUGUAUUUGCCAGCUGGGACGGCGAAGAGUAUGGCUUGCUUGGAUCCACUGAAUGGGUCGAAGAAUAUCUUCCCUGGCUUUCCAAGGCUAACGUUGCCUAUCUGAAUGUUGACGUUGCUGCUGCCGGUACUCAUUUUGAACCUCGCGCAAGCCCGCUGCUGAACAAGGUCAUCCACGAUGUCGCCAGCUUGGUGCAGUCCCCGAACCAAACCGUACGCGGUCAGACCAUUGGUGAUGUCUGGGACGGCAAGAUCUCAACUAUGGGCAGUGGAAGUGACUUCACUGCCUUCCAGGACUAUGCCGGUGUCGCCUCUCUGGACUUCGGGUUUGGCCGUGGUAAGAACGACCCCGUCUACCACUACCACUCGAACUACGACAGUUUCGCCUGGAUGGAGAAAUACGGCGACAAAGAUUUCUUGUACCACCAAGCAACCACCAAGCUCUGGGCCUUGGCAGCUGCACAGCUUGUCGAGUCUCCCAUUCUCGCCUUGAACGCCACAGACUACGCUUUCGGUCUAGAAACUUAUCUAGACCGCAUCAAGCCAACAGCUGAUAACCUCCCUAAGCACACCCAUUUCAACUGGGCACCUCUUGAAAGGGCGAUUCUUGAAUUCCAGGAGUCUGCUCAAGCCUUCGAUGCCCGCGCCCUUGAUCUCAAGUCCCAGCUUGGCGACGACGUGCCUUGGUACCACUGGUGGAAGAAGGUGAGAUUGUGGUUCCAGAUCCGCGCUGCCAACGCGAAGUAUAAGGGCAUUGAACGGGCCUUCCUUUACCAGCCCGGUCUCGAUGGUCGUGAUUGGUUCAAGCAUGUUGUCUUUGCGCCGGGUAUUUGGACUGGCUACUCGGGUGCUACGUACCCUGGUAUCGUUGAGAGUCUUGAAGCCGCAGACGUGGAAAAUGCCAACGCACCCGUUACAUCCGCGCUCGUCCUCUCCCUCUUGACCUCCCUCGGCGGCGCAAUCGGCUAUGCCCGCACCGGCUCAGUCCCCUCCAUUGCAGCCGGUCUCUCCGUAGGCCUCGUUUACCUCCUAUCAUUCAUCCGACUGCGCAGUGGGCAGAGCUACGGCGAAGAAUUGGGUUUGCUGGCAUCUGCAGUUCUGGGAGGCAGCUCUAUUCCGCGUGUCAUCAAGACAGGCGGAAAGCCUGUUCCUCUGGGCUUGUCUGUGCUUGCGGUUUAUGGACUCUGGGUCUUUGGACUUGCGUAUAAGGAGCGGAGGUAG